CUCCAUUCCAUCCGGGAUAGUUUUCUGGGAUGAAGGGACGGCGGCGGUGGUAAUGGCUGACUGGGUGGAAGUACUGGAUUAAAUGGUUCUGAUGCUGGCAGGUCUGACAUUGUGAACUCAGAUUUGUACAAACUUGAAUGACAUAGACACAAGCCAGGUGACAAGGCAGUUUCUCAGAAAAUCCUCACAAUGUCUAAGACCAGAGAGUCGGUGAAGGUGGUGGUCCGCUGUCGACCCAUGAAUGAGAAGGAGCGUGCAGCCAACUUUGAGAGGGUGGUGGAGGUGGAUGUGAAGCUUGGCCAGGUGGCCGUGAGAAACCCCCGGGGGGCUGCAGCCCACCAACACCCCAAGAUCUUCACAUUUGACUCUGUGUACGACUGGAACUCCAAACAGGUGGAUCUCUAUGAUGAAACCUUCAGGCCCCUGGUGGACUCAGUCUUGCUUGGUUUCAAUGGGACCAUAUUUGCGUACGGCCAGACAGGAACAGGAAAGACCUACACUAUGGAGGGGGUGCGCAAUGACCCAGAGAGAAGGGGUGUAAUCCCCAAUUCCUUUGAGCACGUCUUCACACACAUCUCCCGCUCCCAGAACCAGCAGUACCUGGUGAGGGCCUCGUACCUGGAGAUCUACCAGGAGGAGAUCAAGGACCUGCUGUCCAAGGACCAGUCCCGCCGUCUGGAGCUGAAAGAGAGGCCAGACACGGGUGUAUACGUCAAGGACCUCUCCUCCUUCGUCACUAAGAGUGUACGAGAAAUAGAGCACGUCAUGAAUGUGGGGAACCAAAACCGCUCCGUGGGCUCCACCAACAUGAAUGAGCACAGCUCCCGGUCACAUGCCAUUUUUCUCAUUACCGUCGAGUGUAGCGAGCUGGGUGUCGACGGGGAGAACCACAUUCGAGUGGGCAAACUGAACCUGGUGGACCUGGCUGGUAGUGAGAGGCAGACCAAGACAGGAGCCCAGGGAGAGCGCCUGAAGGAAGCCACCAAGAUCAACCUGUCUCUGUCAGCCUUGGGGAAUGUCAUCUCUGCCCUGGUGGACGGCAGGAGCACCCACAUCCCCUACCGCGACUCCAAGCUCACCCGCCUGCUGCAGGACUCCCUGGGGGGCAAUGCCCGCACAGUCAUGGUGGCUAACAUCGGACCAGCCUCUUACAAUGUGGAGGAGACACUGACCACAUUACGCUACUCAAACCGGGCCAAGAACAUCAAGAACAAGCCCCGUGUCAACGAGGACCCCAAAGAUGCUCUGCUCAGGGAGUUCCAGGAAGAGAUUGCCCGGCUCAAAGAGCAGUUAGAGAAACGCUCAGGGAAAAAGAAGAAGAAGAGGAGGGGGGUUGGGGAAGCUGGGGAAGAGCUAGAAGAGGACACGGAGGAUGGAGAGACGGAGGAGGAUGAAGGUGUAGAACCAGCUGAUAAAGUGGGUGCAGAUUAUUGGUGUGAACAGCAGGAGAAGUUGGAGACUGAGAGGAAGGCCAUCAUGGAGGAUCACAGUCUGGUGGCGGAGGAGAAACAGAGGCUGCUAAAAGAGAAGGAGAGGAAGAUGGAUGCCCUCAAAAAGGAGCAGGAAGCAGGCGAUAUGCUGACUGCCAAAGUCAAGGCGAUGGAGAGUAAACUUCUGAUGGGGGGGAAGAACAUUGUGGACCACACCAAUGAGCAACAAAGGAUCCUCGAACAGAAGCGACAGGAAAUAGCUGAACAGAAACGCAGAGAGAGGGAGAUGAAACAGCAGGUGGAGAAUCGUGAUGAGGAGACCCUGGAGUUGAAGGAAACGUACAGCUCUCUACAGCAGGAAGUGGACAGCAAGACCAAGAAGCUGAAAAAGCUGUUUGCCAAGCUGCAGGCAGUGAAAACGGAGAUCCAUGAUGUCCAGGAGUUGCACAUCAAGGAGAGACAGGAGCUGGAGCAGACCCAGAAUGAGUUGACCAGGGAUCUCAAACUCAAGCAUCUCAUCAUUGAGAACUUCAUCCCUGUGGAGGAGAAGAAUAAGAUCGUGAACAGGGCGUUCUUCCAAGAGGACGACGACAACUGGAAGAUGCGUCCCAUCACACGCAUAGAGGAUGACCAGCAGAUGAUGACCAGGCCAGUGUCAGCGGUGGGCUACAGAAGACCCCUGAGCCAGCACGCCCGCACCUCCAUGGUGAUGACGGCUGACGUCAGGUACAAGGCUGAGAAUAUCCUGAUGCUGGAGAUGGACCUGCCUGCUCGGACCACUAAGGAGUAUGAGGAGCCGGUCAUAGCACCCACAGUAGCAGCAGCGUUGGAGGAUGCACUGCGGGAAGAGGAUGAGAUCCAGGUGGAUGCCUCUGGGUUGCACAACAGCCUUGGGCCCACCCAGACCACCAGCACUGGGGCCAUCAAGAAACCAAAGUCUGGCCGACCUAAAACAGGUAAGAAGACCGCCACCCCCACCUCUCCGUACAGCUCCUCCAGCCCAGGACAUCCUUUAUACCCACAAUCCCGUGGGCUUGUACCCAAGUGAUCACCCCACACCUUUCUGUUUUGGGACCCAAAAUGAAAGACUGCUUUUUGUUUAGUUUUUACAGUCUGUAAGAGAAAGAGAAGCAGUCUCAAGACUUAGAUUCAAGCUGCUUUUAUUUUGAUUUGACCUGAGACCGUAGCUGUUUUAUUAUUUCUGCUUUUUAAGGAAUUUGUAACUACUUUACCAUCCAAAAUGGUUACUGGACCAAUCCUUUUCUGAGCUCCACUUUUCUACCAUGCACAUGUCCUCCUGGGCCCCUCCCUGGUCUGCAGUGUAUGAUGGGAUGAGAUGUGGACAUGGGGGCUGGCAUCUGAAAGGGCAGAUGACACCUGGACCUGACAGCUUUGCUGUACAUGUCAUUGAAAUGCUGUGUGUGUGUGUGCUGGUUGUCUGUCCAGAAGUGGUUGUGCUCCUCAAUGUCCCUACUUUAGGUUUACAAUUGAGUGCUGUUAUUCAGGUCUGUCUGUCUGUCUGUGUAAAGAGUUGAGCUUUAAGUCUCUGUCCUAGAUAAGUGGGGAGUCUGUCUGUUCUGCAUGGUGAACCGUACAGGCUGGAGGGUGAAGCACACUACAACACGUCUCUGUCAUGUCACGCGGUGGGGCCAGUCGCUGUUGGAAUCACUAGAUGCUGUUCUUUCUGGCACACAUGAUGACAGAUGAUAUGACAGGGAGAUGAUCAGAUGAUAUGACAGGGAGAUGAUAUGAUGACAGGGAUCUGAUGCUAUGAUGACAGAUAUUAUGACAGGGAGAUGAUCAGAUGAUAUGACAGGGAGAUGAUAUGAUGAUAUGAUGACAGAUGAUAUGAUGACAGGGUUAUGAUGACAGGGUUAUGAUGACAGAUGAUAUGACAUGGAGAUGAUCAGAUGAUAUGACAGGGAGAUGAUAUGACAGGGAGAUGAUAUGACGACAGAUGAUAUGAUAACAGGGUAAUGAUGACAGAUGAUAUGACAGGGAGAUGAUAUGACGACAGAUGAUAUGAUAACAGGGUAAUGAUGACAGAUGAUAUGACAGGGAGAUGAUAUGACGACAGAUGAUAUGAUAACAGGGUAAUGAUGAUAUGACAGGGAGAUGAUAUGACAGGGAGAUGAUAUGACGACAGAUGAUAUGAUAACAGGGUAAUGAUGAUAUGACAGGGAGAUGAUAUGACAGGGAGAUGAUAUGACGACAGAUGAUAUGAUAACAGGGUAAUGAUGACAGAUGAUAUGACAGGGAGAUGAAAGUGGGGAACUAGAGGUCAACACAAACCAAAUCUGUCAGGGUUUCAAGGUGCCUUUAUAUUCUACAGGCCUACAGGGGCUGGCUAAAGGAGAGGGGGGAGGGGCUAAAGGAGAGGCAGGAGGAUGGAUGGGAGGGGGUUGUGUCGUUUCCCCAGCCUCAUCUUUAUCGACGUCACAUCUGGCUCUGUUCCUUGGAAUCAACUGAUUUGUUGUACUGAAACGAGCAGGCCGAAAUACUGUACAAAAAAAGGACUAAAAAAGCAGGCGCUCUUCUACCAACUACUGUAUAUCAGAGGCCUCCAUCAAAAUGAACUAGGCUUGGUCUGAAGAAUGAAGGUAGCUUUCCAUGUAUGUUUUGGAUAAAUAUGCUGUCUUUAAUUCACACGGUUGAAACGCGCAUCUCUGAUUGCUGUCCCCCUCUCACUGGGAGGGGUGUGCUGCUACUGCUGGGUCUGGGUUAUACCGCCCUGUGACAUGGUGUAUAGAGAGAGAGCAACAUGCAUAGAUCAUCCUGCAUCACCUUUGCAGUUGUAAAACAAGUAAAUAGGUUUCAAUAUUGGAAAAGUUCUAACUUAUUACCACCUUUUUGUUCAUUUUUAUAAACAAGUGUAGAUAAAAAAAAUUAAAAAAAAGGUUUCUUUGAAAUAUACUUUUAUUUUUGGAUUUGUAUAAUUUCAAGUUUAUGUACACAUUUUAAUGUUUGAUUUGUUACACGGAAUGGUUGUACAAGGAAUGGUUGUACAGUACAACCUAUGUUUAAAAAAUAUAUAUAUAUAUCUGACAGUACAUGCAUUUAAAUAAAUGGCUUUAGUUAGUUCAAA